GGGAGAGAGGAAGGGUGAAAGUGCCAGUGAAGAUAAUUGAUCACCUUGCAAUCAACAAUAACUUGUUAGCAAUAGUCAAUUACACAGAUUCUUUGCUUUUUCCACACUCUGAGGAGGAGCAGCACCAGAACUCCUUCUUUUCCUGGUAUUCAGGGCAAUGGGACUUCACUUUUCUUAAAGCACAGUGGAAAGGCAACGUGGGCCAAAAGUGGGAAGUUAAAGCUGUCUUCCAAAUCAGGACUGUGCAACACCUGAUCAUUCGCAGACAAACCUUUUAUUGUUUCUGAAGUCCUACUUUGUAAACCGCCGUGAUUAGUUUAUGUAAAAAGACAGAACACCUGAGCCAUACCAGAGUUGCUCCGGUAACUUUUUUUGAAACAGCUUUCAGCCACGCAGAUAUAAGGUGGACAUCAUCAAGAAUGACUUCUAAAGAAGAAGCCAAAUCUUCGUCGAUGGAAGAGAGAAGAAGAAGCCCUCUGGAUCAUCUACCACCCCCAGCUAACUCGAACAAGCCUCUUACUCCAUUUAGUAUCGAGGAUAUUUUGAAUAAACCUUCAGUAAGGAGAAGUUACUCAAUCUGCGGGACAGCACACCUCUUGGCCUCAGCUGAAAAGCACGCUCCUACUGGUUUGCCCCUAACCAGCCGGACAAUUCUUUCCCAAACUUCCCCCCUUUGCGCACUCGAAGAACUAGCCAGCAAGACAUUCAAAGGACUGGAAGUUAGUGUUUUGCAGGCGGCUGAAGGCAGAGAUGGGAUGACAAUUUUUGGCCAGAGGCAGACACCUAAAAAAAGACGGAAGUCGCGUACAGCAUUUACCAAUCAUCAAAUCUAUGAACUGGAAAAACGUUUUUUGUACCAGAAAUACUUGUCGCCGGCAGACCGAGAUCAAAUUGCUCAGCAGUUGGGUUUGACAAAUGCCCAGGUGAUCACCUGGUUCCAGAACCGUCGGGCCAAGCUGAAGCGAGAUCUAGAGGAAAUGAAAGCCGACGUGGAGUCGGCCAAGAAAUUGGGAGUUUGCAGCCCACCGCGGGAUACUGUUGUUACCGUGGCUGAGCUAGAUGCAAGCCCGGGGGACUUAAAUAGCACGUCUAGGUCACAGUCCCCAAUUUCUACUAAACACGGACUAGACACCCCUACACAACUUCACCUCUCGCCAUCGUCUUCCCUCAAAGACCAGCCCACAAGCAAAGACUGCUCAGAGUAUGAAGAAGAUGUUGAAAUAGAUGUGGAGAUAGAUGUGGAUGACUGAUGUGCGCUGUUUUAUAAUUUUCCAAUUCAACAUAAUGACAUUUGAACUCAUUUAUAUUUAAAAUGACUUUAUAAUAUUUCUAAAGCGAGCAUGGACUAUGUAAUCUAAAGUUGCACUUGUUCUCUAGUAACAGGAGCAAAACUAUAUAGAACCAAGACUUAUUUUUUCAAUAUAAAAGCAAUAAACGACAGGGAAUAUACAAAAAAAUCAUUGAAACGACUGCCAUAUGUACGUAGUUUUAUUUUAUUUUUUUUGGAAAGGUGCAAUUAUGUCUAACUUCUAUACAGACAUUUACAAUAUAUAAUGGUUUGAGAUCUGAAGUUUUGCUUACGGGACAUACAUAUAUUAUAUAAAUAUAUAUCCUUGGUUAUGCCGGUAUACCACUUAAAUAAUUAUUUAAUAUUUGUUAAAUUUUGAGUUUGAAAUAUAUUCUUUACUUGCAUGUUUAAGGUAUGCACGAGACAUUUUCUUUAUUUUUUUUUAUAACUUAAGUGGUAUGUACGCACAGAUUAAAAUGCUGUGGACCACACAAUGAUGAGACCUAUUUACACUUUACUUUAAGCGAAAUUCGUUGAAUCGACUUUCACCAUUAACAUAUUUUUCUAAGGAAACCGUCGUGCCACCCAAUCAUCUUUGAUAUCUAUACAAAACAAAUUAAAACUAGUGGGGUUUGUACACAUAGAACAAAUCAAGUUUUAGUCCAAAGUCUAGUCUGUGUACAAGAAUUUCUUCCUUUAGUGUAUGUGCAGACUUUUUAUUGUAUCAGUUUAAAAAGCAUACAGUUAAAUCCGUUCUGGCUUGUUUACCUUUACCUGUGAUUUGUGCAAAAUAUAAUUUAUCAGCACAAUAAACUGAACAGCAUUUUUGUAUAGUUCCAGGAGGUAUAAUGCUUUCUCAUUUCAAGGUCCUCAACUGCAUUUCUAUACAAAAAAGAAACAUGCCAUUAAGACCCCCUGCCUUUCUUUUUGCUAAUUACAAAACAUCAGAGGGUAAGUACGCGUUUAGGUAUUUUAGAAAACAGAUGCAUUUUGAUGUUGUUGUCUUCUAACAGAAGUUGGAGUAAAAUAGAAAUAUAGAACAAUAUCAGGUAAUGCUCAGGCGAUACGAACUAUGAACUUCCUACAGAUCACCGUUGGAAUUUUUUUUAGUGAUGGGAGAUUUGGAUAGUACAAAAGAUAAGAGUCACGUUCGUUUAGUUACAUUCCCCAGUUUUACAAAAUAAUAUAAU